AUGAUCACAGCCAUGGGGGACUCCGGCAAUGAGCUCUUCAAGGAGCUUGAAAGCACUUACUGUCCACCGAUUGAUCCGGCGUUGUUUGCUGCGAUCGUAUCAGACUUUGACUUGGCGAUCCCCACUCAGGUUGAACAGUUACGUGAAACCCUGGACGUCUUGAACGCAUCUGCUGUCGAGCAAGAGAACUUGCCAUUUGACCCCACAGGCACAACCAAUCUCCGAAAUUCUGACGUCUCAGGAUCUUUGAUCGGCGAAUCAUCUGAUGAUGCUCCCUCGGAUUUUACAAGCUGGCCAUCGAUUGACCACCCUGACCAGGAAAAUGAUGACACCAACAACGACAGUCGUGAGGCCCAAAGGCUCAAAGGCUCAAAGCGUGCAUACACCUUCUUGGGUAUGACGACUGCUGACAAGGCACAAAACUUGAUUAGCAUGUUCCCGACUAUUACUCGCCUGGAAGCUGAGCGCAUCCUCGAAGAUUGCCAUGACAACCUCAGUCGGUCCAUGGAUGUCUUGCUCAAUCUUGCUUUUAUUGAGGAGACACAAAUUGCUGGAGAAAUUCCUCAACAAACUCCCCAAGAGGCUGCGCAAGACAGUCCAUCCUCCGUUCCGAAGUCAAUCGAUGGCUUCCAGGCCAAAGAAGACCUCAGCGGCGGCGAUAAGAAAUCCCGAAAGAAGAAGAAGCAGCAGAAACAACGUCGAGUCGAGUUGGCCUCCCAGGCCAUGAAUAACACCGCUACGAAUAAAUGGGAGACAGGAAAGAAGGACAUUGACUUUAUUUCCUCGCGGGCGUGUGCUUUGCAGAGGGAGAAAAUUGCUUCGACUUAUCAUGAAAACUCAAUGUCACUCUGUGCAACAAUCAGAGUCUUGGCACAGGCCCAUGCACCCAAGGACAUCCAUGAGAUUGAGGACGAUCCUGUACUCGUCACGCAAGUGGGGAGCUCAGUCACAACCGCAGAUGACCUGGCUGACGCCUUGUCCCGUCGGCCUGAUAUUUCUUCUGUGGCAAAUAUCAUCAGUUUUGUCUCGUCACCCGUCACCCUCGACGACGAAGAGGAGAAUGUGGCGCCAGCUCAACAGAUAGAUUCUGCUUCAGAUUUCAUGGAUUUCAACGAAGCUGCCGCCGCCGCCAACUCUCACUUCGCAGCCCGAUCAGCUGCCCUCGCCCAAGCCUCCCAGUCCGCCCGCCGCGCCCGCUCCAACCCCCUCUACGGAGGGGCCUCUGCCUACUACCGGGACGUUGGAAACGAACAACGUCAGCUUGCCAUGCGUCAUUUGGCAACUGCUUCUGACCGGCUGGUGGCCCGUCAGUCGUCGCACUCUGACCUGGACCUGCAUGGUGUGACGGUUGCCAACGCGGUCAGAAUUGCUCGCGAGAGAGUGCAGGCAUGGUGGGAUGGACUAGGGGAUCAGAAGUACGUCCGCGGCGGAGGCCAGAGCUCCCACGGCGGAUUCAAUAUUGUUUGCGGUGUUGGUCACCACUCCCUUGACCGCAAAUCGCAUAUUGGACCCGCCGUGUGGAAUAUGCUGCUGAAGGAGGGUUGGCGCGUAGAGCUUAAUCGGGGCUCCAUGCUGGUGACCGGGGUGAACCGCCGUUGA